AUGCGGGGUCAAGCACAUAUUGUAUACAGAGAUAUUCAAACCGCGACUCAAGCUAUGAGAGCAUUACAAGGAUUUGAGUUUCUUGGUCGUGAAAUGAAAAUUCAAUAUGCCAAAUCAAAGUCAGACACCAUUGCUAAAUUGGAUGGUACUUUCCGCAUGCCUUCCGCAGCAGCAGGUGCUGUGACGGCCACAGAAUUACAGCAAAGUAUUUUUAAUGCGCCGCCUUCCGCUUCCGCAGCUAUCACAACAACCACCCUACCCCCUCCACCACCGCCAUCAAGUCUUCAGGUCCCAAUUUCUGCCCCUGAUCAUGCUAUGGAAGAUGCAACAAGCCCAGGUGCAAGUGUUGCAGGACAGAAGAGACGCCGGGAUGAAGAGGAGGAGGAAGAUAGUGAAGGAGAUGUUGCCAUGGAGGAAGAUAGCGAUGAUGAUUAG